AUGAAUGCUAUGCAAUUAGCAAAAAAAUUUCCACAACUUUCUCAGCAAGAUGUCUUCGAUCUCAUUGCACGAUUUAACAAAAUAGACCUAGACGGAAACGGUGCACUUGAACAAAAGGAAGUUGUAAAGGCUUUGCAAGAUAUGGGCGAAAGUAAUUCUUAUGAUGAGAUUCGUGCCACUCUCAAGGAAAUAGACUUGAGUUCAACUGGCAAAGUUGAAAUAGACGAAUUUGUUGAGCUCAGAGAAGGUCGUAAUAAAUCUGCUUUUGCUGUAAAUAAACAUAAAAUCACUGUACAUGGCUCCAGUCAAAAUGUUUCCCAUACAAUUAAUGAAGAUGAAAGGACUGAAUUCACUAGGCAUAUCAAUCAAGCAUUGUCUGGCGAUCCAGAUGUCAAAGAUAAGAUCCCAAUUAAUACAAAUACUAUGCAACUUUUUGAUGAGUGUAAAGAUGGCCUUAUCCUUGCAAAACUUAUCAAUGAUUCUGUUCCUGAUACAAUUGAUGAACGUGUACUCAAUAUUCCCGGAAAGGGCAAGAAAGUAAACAAGUUUCAGAUGACCGAAAAUAACAACCUGGUCAUUUUUUCAGCUAAAGGAAUUGGAUGCAAUGUUGUCAACAUUGGAUCUGCGGAUCUAAUUGAAGGUCGCGAACACUUGAUUUUAGGGUUAAUUUGGCAAAUAAUUAAGAUUGGUCUAUUGAAUAAGAUUGACAUUAAACAUCACCCCGAAUUAUAUCGUCUUCUGGAAGAUGAUGAAACUCUUGAUCAGUUUUUGAAAUUACCUCCUGAUCAAAUUUUAUUAAGAUGGUUCAAUUACCAUUUAAAAGCUGCUAAAUGGAAUCGUCGUAAAGAUAUUAACGAUGGCGAAAAUUACACCGUACUUCUCAAUCAACUUUCUCCCGAACUUUGUUCACGCGAUCCAUUAAGAGAGCCUGAUCUCCUUGAACGCGCCGAGAAGGUUCUUCAAAAUGCUGAAAAAUUAGAAUGCCGUAAAUAUUUGACACCAAAAGCUCUUGUUGGUGGUAAUCCAAAGUUGAACUUGGCUUUCGUUGCUCAUUUAUUCAAUACACAUCCGUGUUUGGCUCCACUUGAUGAAGAGGAAAAGGCUGAAGUUGAAGAAUUCGAUGAUUCUGAUGAUAGAGAGUCAGGAGUAAACAAAUCAGAAAAUUUGUCUCGAUUUAAACAAGUAGAAAACACAAAUUAUGCUAUCUUAAUAGGAAAGUCUUUACGGUUUACGCUUGUUAAUAUUCAGGGUGCUGAUAUUUGUGAUGGUACAAAGACUUUGGUACUCGGUCUGGUCUGGCAAAUGAUGCGUAUAAAUAUUAUUCAGACAUUGACAAGUUUAUCAAAGGGUGGUCGUGAAAUUACAGAUGCUGAUUUGGUACGGAUGAGUAGUUUUAAAGAUGCUACUCUAAGAAAUGGUCUGUUUUUAAUUGAUUUAUUGAAUGGAAUCAGGCCAGGCGUAGUGGAUUAUAAUUUGGUAACGAAGGUGGAUGAUGCUACACUUAAUGCAAGAUAUGCUAUUUCCAUUGCUCGAAAAAUUGGUGCCACAAUUUUCUUAUUACCAGAGGAUAUUGUUGAAGUUCGACCUCGAUUGGUAUGUAUAGAGUGA